UUCCACAUGGCAGCAGCACGACAAGAGAAAGCAUAACAAUGAAAUCACAUAACCUCAGUAACCAAAAUGUCCUUUCUACGCUCAUAUCUAGAGAGUACUAUCACAAGGAUAAUUUAAGAAAAAAUCUCAGGGUAUUGAAAUUGUUAAUAUGCAAGGGAAAUUAUAGGUUCAAGAAAGUAUGGGAAAAGCAUUCACAUCAACAAAUUUUUUGUGAAAGUUCCUCCAUUUUCUUGGAAAACUACACUAAGUGCUUUAGUGGAUAUGGCCUUGAUUUGCAACCUGUUCAUCGUUUCACAUUGCCCCGGCAGCCUGGUACACACAAGAUUGUUGAUGCAAUUCUUAGUUAUCCCAGACCAACAGACAUUGCCUCAGAAGAAACACAUGGUUCACAAAUGAUGGCUGUGACAUCAAACAAUAAAUUACUCAUUGUGGAUCUUGUUUCUGGUCGUUGCCUGAAGGAAGUACAAGUUCUAGGGUCAAGAUAUACUCGUCUAAAGAGUAUAAAUUGGGCAGAGCACGAAGAAAAAGUUGUUCUGUCCACAACACGUUGUCAAAAGCAAAUGGAUGAACUGGGCUCAAGAGCAGCUGUCAUGGAUACUUUGAAAAUAUUGGCUGUGUUCAACACUAUGCCACUAGAAUUUGAAUGCAUGUUUGAAGUGAAAAAACGGGUAUUUGGUUCUGAUACAGUGGAUGCUAUCAUGUCCCAAGGCCAUCUUAUAACUAUGCACCAAUCACGCCUUGUUCGAAUGUACGACUUGCAGGAUCUUCUACCUAAAGCCAAGCCGGUGAAGUUGUUUGACUCAGCAUAUAGUCCUGGAACUUUCCAUGGUCAGGCACCCACUCCUCUGCCCAUCAAUCUUGUUAUUUCAGAACUGCCUCCUUGCCUUUUUGAAGUGGCCUGUUCGGAGCACAAUGUACAGAUAGGAGGAUUUCCCUGGCAUUAUCUCAUUUCCCCUCCAGGAAGGGCUGGUACCUUUAAUGUGUACUCAGUGGACACUGGUUCCUUGGCAAAAAAUGGACAUCUGGAUUCUAACAAUGAUUGUCUUGAAAUGGACAGAGCUUCCUUUCAUGGGGAUGAAUCUGGCCGAAUUAUUCACAUUAGUGCUGAAAACGUCAGUGUGUACUACCUGAAACAUGACAGCAGCCUUAAUUGUAAUGCCUUAAUGCAAGCUUUCAUCAUCAGACUCCAGGAUCAAAAGCCCUCACUCAUGUGUCCAACAACAGCCUCUGGCCGGAAGAUUAAGCGACGUUUCACAGCAGAUGAAAUAUUUGGAAGCGAUAUCUGCCUAACAAUUCAUGAGGUAGAUUAUGAAGAUGAACUAGAUGUUAUGGUGAUAUGUUCCACCAUCCACCAGUCUGAUUCACUGUGUGGCAAAGUAGGAUUUUAUGACAAUGCCACAGGCCAUCAUUUAACAUCCUUCAAUUUGGAUGAACCAUGGUGUGAUUACAUGGAACACAGCAUAAACAUGGAUUUGGAUACUAUUGUCCACUUGGUAAAAUCUACACAGGGGAAGUUUGCAUGUCAGGUUUAUCGUUUAGCAGAAGCCAUUGCAGAUGAUGACCUCAUAAAAGUGAUGGUCCAAAAAAAGGGUCAGGUAAAGGGAAGAGGCAGAAUGGGAAAGAACCACAAACUAGAGCUUCCCGCAGCAGAAGACAGCAAUUCUUGCUGUGAAGACGGUGACCACAUAAAUAAAGAGGAAGUUUGUUACUGUUUUAUUUUGAAUGCGUGCAGCUAUCAUUGACACUUUUGAAAUUGUCAUGUCCUUAGAUGAUUUCACCUCUUAUUAUUGAGGUGUUUUCAGUGUUAAGUGACACUGAGAGAAAUAUUUUUUGAUAAGUUUACUAAACAGUCAUAUUUUAAGGACAUUUUCAUUCCUUUCAUUCAUCCAAGAGAUUUUAGUGAUCAUGUAGAGGGCAAUAGUGCUAGUUCUACAUCAUAUCAGCUCAUUGUUUGUGUAUUUGUGAUGUUAUUAGCAACAAAAGUUGUCACUUUGAUUUGUAUGGCAUGGUUUGGAUACAAUUUUUGCACACAAGUGUUUAGCGACCACUGAAUGAUUUAGAAAUUGCAUACAUUGAUCUUGUUUUGGCAAAACUGCCAUCUGUAUAUCUAAGUUUAAACAUGAACAAAAUUUUAGCAGGAUGACAUAUUGGCAGUCACAUGUCCCUUAUCUAAAAUAAAUCCAAAUGUUGAGCUUUCCUAUAAAUCACAUAGAACGUUUAUAUGCCUUUAAUAAGUGCAUGUUUUUAAACAGACGAUGAUAGCUUUUGUGUUGGUUCUUUAAUCUCUUGAAGCAAUGUUUCUGGCUCAGUGGUUGGUAUUUGUAGGAUAAAUACAGCUGAUGUACAGAACUAUCCUAUGCAUAAGUGCUUAUGGGAUAUUAGCAAUAAAUUUUGUAUCUGAUUGUGCCAGAGAAGAGUGAUUUCAGCCCAACUGGCUGUUAGUGAUUUGCACAGUAUAUGCAUGCAAGCAUAAAUGAUAAUGCAAUGUGUAUGUGUAUCUUUUGGUCUGGAUAUUUUAAUAAAACUCGUUUGUACAAAAAAAAA